AUGCUGCCGUACCCAGGCAAUACCUACAUUGAUCCAUUGGAAAUCCAAAUUCGGGAAAGGCAUGGUUAUUGUAAUAUGGUUGAAACAACACCAAAUACCCAACCAUGGUAUCAUGACAUCAGAAGGUUUUUGAAAACGCAAGAAUAUCCCGAGCAAUCCAGUAGAGACCAGAAGAGAACCAUUAGGCGACAUACGAGUGGUUUCUUUUUUAGUGGUGAUGUCUUGUACAAGAGAACUCCGGACCUCAACUUGUUGAGAUGUGUUGACGCGGAAGAGGCUGGAAGAAUCAUGCAUGAGGUACACACGGGAGUAUGCAGACCCCACAUGAAUGGGCAUGUUUUAGCAAAGAAAAUUUUCGAGCGGGCUAUUACUGGAUGA